AUGGCGGCGAGCCCAGGGCAGAUCCUCCGUCCAGCGCCGAGAAGGGCAGCAGCUCGAAAUGCGCCGAUCGAAGGCCGGGCAGCAGAUCCUCGUCUUGGCACGCACGUCGUAUCCGCAGAUCUUGACGUGCCGCAUGCUCUCCCUGGGAGCCAGAUCGAAGCGUCACCGCCGCUGGGUGCAGCCGCGUCUCCUUCAGCACCAGCUUGA